AUGCUCCGCAAGUCUUCGCGCAUGCGUUCCAAGAGUUGUCACAUUUGUAUGAAAACAAUCGAUGUGUUGAACGAAUCCAUGUCUUCACACGUUGUGGUGAACGGCACGGAUGGGACGGACGCCACCACCGAUGGACUGGAAGUGUCGGACAGGGAUGUAGUGAAGGAUGUGGUGAAAGAUGUGGUGAAGGAUGUGAUGAAUGGUGUGGUAUAUCAUGAGAAGCAAUGCAAACAGAUGUGUGCGAAACACGCGUUGAAUAAUUUGCUUCAAGACAUGGAUGCGUUCACUAAAGCAGAUUUGGACGCCAUUUGUCACACUCUGUCGCCAAACAGUCGUUUCCUGAACCCUCACAAGUCAUCACUAGGUUUAGGCAAUUAUGACAUAAACGUUAUUAUCUCUGCUUUACAUACAAAGCAUUUCGAGACCUUUUGGUUCGAUAAGAGAAAAGACCCGAAUUGUCUUGAAUUGGAUCACAUCAAAGGUUUUAUACUAAACAUUCCGAACCCGAUAUACAACUCGUGCCGCAAAUGGACGACCAGUUCUUUGUUUUCAUUGCCGUCGAGUUUGCUGUCGAGUCGUAAGCAUUGGAUCGCAAUCCGCUCUUUCGGUCAACACUAUUAUAAUCUCGACUCUAAACUAGAUUUCCCUCAACUUAUCGGAAAUAAAAGCCAAUUAAUUAAUUACUUGCGAGAGAAGAACCGGUCGACUGACACAGAAAUCUUUGUUAUCGUUAAUCAAGUGAUCGCCGAAACGGUCGCUUGGAUUCAACAAUAAGUUAUUGUCAAUUCAUUACAUUCACACAAAACAUUGCAUUGUUUCAAGUGUUGGACAAAUCCCAGUGCCUUAACGUAAACUUUAUUUAAAAACUUUAAAAACAACUCAUUUUUCUCUUCAGAAGAGAAAAAUGUAAUAAAAUAAUGAUUAAAAUAAAUGAAUAUUUAAGAGUUCUUUUUGGAUGUUUUUUGG